CCACGCAAGCGCACAAUGACGUUAUUGAUGCUGAGAAGGAUUUGUAAUCGAUUGUCAAAAAAACUAAAGUCGAUCAACAAAAUGUCGGAUAAACAAAGUGCUCAAAAAAGCGCUAAAAUAGCAGCUGGCGCCGUGGUUUGCGUGGAAAGCGAGAUCAGAGGAGACGUCACUAUUGGUGCCAGAACGGUGGUCCAUCCCAAAGCCCGCAUCAUAGCCGAGGCAGGACCCAUAGUCAUCGGAGAAGGCAACCUCAUAGAGGAACAAGCUCUCAUAAUUAACAGUUAUCCAGAGAACAUUACACCUGACUCUGAGGGAGUGGAGCCCAAGACGAUGACCAUCGGCAUCAACAACGUGUUUGAAGUUGGAUGUAGUAUCCUUUAUAUUGAAGUGUGGUACACUGACCUAUAGGGUACAGCCACUGACCUGUAGGGUACAGCCACUGACCUAUAGGGUACAGCUAGGGUACAGCCACUGACCUAUAGGGUACAGCU